CCUCCUGGGGCUGCUUGGAUUAUGGCAACCUCCUGGGGCUGCUUUCUCUGAGUUGUGGGUGAAAGGCCUAGCGAAUGGAGACAAAGAGCAGAUGACGUGAUGGACUGGUCUAUAAAUGCUUGCCUGACAUAUCUGAAAUUUGAAGUCAGACAUCGAUCCAGAGCCCUGAUUUUGAAGCGGUGUGCAGUGUCGGCUUGCCACGCCUUGUGAUUGGACCGAACCUCGACUGACCAUUGGGACUUUGUUCCGAUCUUCGGACUCUGGUGCGGUGAAGAAAAUGCAGAAGCUGCAGCUUUGGCUCCUCCUCCUCGCUAGCCUCUCGGGAGCCGUGGCCCAGACAGACAAGCCAGCAGCGAGGAUCCAGCCACGUCCCCCCUACCCCAGCCCGGGCAGAGAGCUACAGCUGCAGUGUGACGUCCCAGGGGAUCCUGGCCCCCUGGAGUUCCUGUGGACGAAGGAAGGCAGCGAUGUCCCCCUGCAGAUAAACCCUGACCGCAUCCUCACCCUCCCCCCCGUCGGCAAGAAUGAAACUGGCACCUACAUCUGCACGGCCACCAGUGCCGGGGGCAGCUCCGUGGCCAAGUACAGCCUGGAGAUGAUCGACCUCGUCCGUAAGGUGUUUGUUUUCCCAAGAGCAUCCAACGACUCUUACGUUAUCCUGAAGCCGAAGCCAGAGCAGCCACUGCAGAAUUUUACUGUUUGUCUGAGAUCCUACACUGACCUGCCCCGGCCGUACGCCCUUUUCUCUUAUGCCACCAAGGCCUAUGACAAUGAGAUCCUGCUCUUCAAACCCAAGCCUGGGGAGUACAGACUAUACGUGGGCGGGGAAUUUGUGACCUUCAGAGUCCCCGAGAACCGUAUGGAGUGGGAGCACGUCUGUGCUGGCUGGGAAUCGGCCACGGGCAUAGCUGAGUUCUGGGUGAACGGGAAGCCCUUACCCAGGAAGGGUCUGCGGAAAGGCUAUUCCGUCAGUGCUGAGGCUGUGAUCAUCCUGGGGCAGGAGCAGGACUCCUUCGGGGGCGGGUUUGAACUCCCAGAGUCUUUUGUAGGGGAAAUCACAGAUGUGUACAUGUGGGACCGUGUCCUCUAUAACAUGGAGUCUCUAAUGUGGGGUGGGUACUUUUCCCGCUACAUCUUUGGCUGGAAUAAUUUGCACUAUGAAUUAGUAGGUGAUGUGUUCCUGAAACGCAAGCUGUUAUUCUGAUCCUGUGAGCACAGGCUGCAUUCAGUAGCAGUGCAGCCCCAGCCCAAAGCCAUGGAACUCCCACUCCUGCUGUCACUUUCCGAGAGUGACGUGCCCCCGGGGCCGUGCUGUCUGCAGACAUGCCAAACCCGCGGAAAAAACGCAGAAAUUCGGCUUGGUUUUGGCUUAAUUGGCUUGUGAGUUGCUUGUUGGCUAGUUUUGGCUUGUAGCUUGUUGUAGCUUGUGCUUCUUUUUUUUUGAUCGGCUCCCGGCAAGCAGGGGCAAGCGGGGGCAAGGGGCAAGCAGGAAGAGAGUCAGGGGUGCACAGCGGGCCCACCACAGCCCCAGACUGCACGCCGGGAGGAUCUAGUCACACAGACUGUUGGGGUUCUUAGGGACUGGCCUUGUUUUGAAAUGGGAUUAGCUUGAUUUUUGGCUUAUUGUGAAAGUUGGGUGCUUAUUUACUGUGUGAAAGUUGGCAACUGUGCCAUAAACCCUGGCGAGUCUAGCACAAAGGAGAAUGUGAUCUCCAGCCCCUGGAGUAUGUGCCGUUCCGGGUCGCACACACUGGGCCAAAGCACAGAGCUGAGAGAGGCUGGGAGGUGCUGUCUAGGCCUCCCACCCUGGGUUCCAGCACUGGAUGCACCUCAGUCAGCUUUCCAGUGCUUGGUCCAGUCUGCUCAUAAAUGUGCCUGGCAUUAGGGCUGGUGCGGCUCUCCGUGAGCUUCCCUGCUUGCCACAGAUAUCACGGGCAGGAUGGGAUCCUGACGUGCACUCAGCACCAUGUGCCUGGGUUCCGCCCACUAAUCUGGUGAAUUCUGGCCUGCAGAGCUGUGCCAGGCCCUGCCUUUCACCGCUGGGUUAAGCCCUUGGCACAGGCAGACCCAAAUCCCAUUGGCUUUUCAUGCAGGCACACGGCAUUGCAAACUCCUGCCCAUUCCCUCAGUGUAUCAGCAUUGCCCCUUGCCAGACAGUGCCCACCCCUUGAAAAGCUUGGCUCCUGAUUGGCUCGCGCCCCCACCCCCAUGGCUGGCUGUACAUCUCCAUUUUCCUACUGUCAGCUUAGCUAUAACCCUACCUGUUGCAUUUUUUCUCUAGGCUCCCACCCCUCCCACUCACCUCUUUUUGUCUGAUUUUCUCACACGGGCAUUCUCCUCACUCUCUUCCAGGUCACUUAGGUCAUAAGAGGCUCUGAAAUGAGACCAGAAGGUGCCGUCCCCUCCCGCUUUCUUUCCGUUACCCUCUAGCGUUUCCCACUGUUUAUGGACCUAAGGGGCUGUUUAAAUGCAGUGUAGACGUUCCAGCUUUGGCUGCAGCCUGAGCGCUGGGACCCUCCCACCUUCCAGGACCUUCCUACACCCCAAUUAAACAGCCCUUUGCUUGACCCCACCAGCCAGAGUCAGCUGACAUGGGCCAGCCAGGUUGUCUAAUUGCAGUGUAGACCGACUCUGAAUGAGAGCAGCACAGAAGCCACCAACAGGUCACAGCCAUUCCUAUUCAGCCAGCCCAUGCUGGUGCAGCAGAGCAUGGCAACUGGGAAACCAUUUGCCCAUGGGCAUGGUAGCUCCGCUGGAUGCCCAGCGACCCUGCCCCCAUUCCAUGAGGGAGCUGGCGGGGGUGACACAUCUACACCCUCAACCACCAAAUCAUUAUAACAUUUUCAUGGUUAAGGUCUCCAAGUGAUCCAAGCCUGGGCCCACCCAAGGUUCUUAGCUCUUUGCUCAGCUUGGGUCCAAGCCAUGGGUGGAGCUCAAGAUUGUCAGCAGCAGGGGUCCUAGUUUUCCGUGAUAAAAAACGAAACUUCUCUGAUAAAAACUAUAAAAAUGUGCAUUUUUCCUCAAUUAAAAUGAAAGGCUGAACUUUAGUUUCCAUAGGCACCGUACCUACAGGUAUCAGUUGAACACAAUGGUGUAUUGAUAUGCAGUAGAAGCCCGUUUAUCCAAGCCUCCCCUAUCCAGCUCUCCAUACUAACCGACCCACCAGUCUCCUAGGGCUGACAGCCCAAGUGCCAGCUGCACGAGGCGCCGACAGCCUGAGCCUCCCCAUCUUAAAAUAAGGGAUUGAAAGCUCUUUGCCAGUUCUCCUGAUUAUCCCAAUUUUUGAUUAUCUGAUCUGGCCCUGGUCCCAUUUAGAUCAGAUAAAUAGGUUUCAGCUGUUAAUUUAAAAUGAAUUCAAAAAUCAACCACAAGAGGGGGGUGGUUGUGCUCACUGAAUAAAUGGCACCGGCACUUUCCGUAAAAUGUAAUUAAUUGUUAAUAAUAGGUUUUAAUUUUUUCACAGAAUGUAAAAACUAAAGAUUCUCGGUAAGAAUGCAAAUUCCACAUUUCUCCACAGCAAACAGAUUUCUAGGCUCCCUGGUCAUCAGGAGUUCAGUCCUGGUUUCUCAGCCUCCUGGUUUUGCACUCUGGAUGUGAGAUAGAGGAGAGGCUGAGGGAACUGGGCUUGUUUAGUCUGCAGAAGAAAAGAGUGAGGGGAGAUUUGAUAGCAGCCUUCAACUACCUGAAGGGGGGUUCCAAAGAGGAUGGAGCUCAGUUGUUC